CUUAUUCUUGAUUAGUUUAUCACUAUACAUACUCUGUAUACAUCUGAAUUUUAUUUGAACGAUAAACGGUUCCUUUUGAUUAUUAUGGCGAAUGUCGGAAAAAGAAUGUGUCUAUGCCCAACCAAUGUGGCGGCCGCAGACUGACCAACAAGCGUCAAGUUAUGGCGUUUUGUGAAAGACAUUCGUAAAUAGUUUAUAUAUGUGUUAUUAAAUAUCAGUGUAACUUUUUUAACUUAAAUUUAAUAUGAAUAGAUAUUACGAUUACGGUAACGCAAUAUCAUGUUGACAUGAGACACUCGGUCGUCAACAAUGGUUAAAACACGAUCUUCAGCGAGGGUAGUCAAUGCUGCCCAGAGUGAGCCCGCCGCAAAUGGAAACUCUUCCGAAAUUAGUUCGCGAGUAAAAGCCUAUGAGAACAGGCAACGUUCGCAAAAGACCACCACAACUAGGAACAGUCAGGCGCUAUCGUCUGGAGGGCCCGGAAGCGGCAAUCAGGGCAAAGAUCCGCUGGCACCGGCUAUCCCGGGCUCUCGUACAAUGUAUCAGCAUCCCGCAGUCACCGGGUACAACCCGCAGGAUUCACGGUCACAGUCAAUGCCAGUAACGGCUCGUCAGAACCCGAUAUAUGCGAGCAGCAUGUACCACGGGUACAGCAGCGCCGGCGGGGCUACGCUGGCGCCCAUGCCGUCCCCCUCGCCUACCGCGCCGCUGCCGCCCUUCCCUGUGCAUCCAGAUGUCAAGUUUAAGAAGUUACCAUUUUAUGAUGUACUGGCGGAGUUAAUGAAACCUUCAACGAUGAUGCCGAUGCAGGCAGGUCGUAUGCAAGAAGGCACCUUCAUAUUCCACCUCACACCUCAGCAAGCCACAGAGAUCGCGUCAGGAAAAGACAUUGUUGGAACUAGUAAUAAGCUCGAUUAUGUUAUACAGGCUCAGUUACGAUUUUGUCUGCUAGAAACUUCCUGUGAACAAGAAGACUACUUCCCACCUAGUGUUAAUGUUAAAGUUAAUAAUAAGAUGUGUCCCUUACCAAAUCCAAUACCGACAAACAAGCCAACCCCGGAGCCAAAACGACCACCACGACCGGUUAACAUCUCAUCCCUAGUAAAACUAUCUCCUACAGUAGCAAACACGAUACACGUGACAUGGGCUGCAGACUUUACGCGAGCGUACGUGCUUAGCGUGUUCAUGGUCAGGAAACUGUCAUCUGCAGAGUUGCUACAGAGGUUGAAGAACAAAGGCACUAAGAAUCCUGAUUACACACGUUCCUUGAUUAAAGAAAAGUUAUCAGAAGAUUAUGACAGUGAAAUAGCAACCACAUCACUCAGAGUGUCACUUAUGUGUCCUUUGGGCAAGAUGCGCAUGUCAUGUCCGUGUCGGCCGGGUAACUGCCCACACUUGCAGUGCUUCGAUGCCUCACUGUUCCUACAGAUGAAUGAGAGGAAACCCACAUGGCUGUGUCCUGUGUGUGAUAGGCCAGCACCUUAUGACUCUUUGGUGGUUGAUGGAUAUUUCCAAGAAGUACUAACAUCGUCACGACUAGCGAGCGAGUGCAAUGAGAUUCAGCUGCACGCGGACGGCAACUGGUCCGCGCACGUCCCGCCUGCCAGGGCGCCGCAACCCGUACAACCCACUACCGAACCUGUUACCCUCAUAUCUGAUGAUCUCGAAGUAAUACCAGUAGACGGUAGUAACAAUGGAGCCAAAAGAGCCGCGGUUGGGGAAGGAAGAACACCUAAACCCGCCGAAGUACUAGUGGAUCUCACUUCAGACUCAGAUGAUGAAUUACCACUCAAAAGAAAAUUGCCACAGCCAAAGUUAUCUCCAUCCUCUUUGGAAGCUACGAUAAAAACUGAUGAUGCAUACACAACAUCUAGUGCCGAAGCAGUUUCGUCAAGUGGGUACAGAUCGCCUAGUGGCGGUGCAGUAAUAUCUCUGGACAGUCCUUCUCCUCCCGCGCCCGCGUCUCCGCAGAACGCGCACUCUCACGUGAGCGUCUCACACAACGCGCAAGCUCACCUCACGCACGAUGCGUCGUCACCGCGAUCUACCGUCUCGAAUGACCAUUGUACAAGUAAUAACACGGAAGAUAAUGACGCCACCCCGUCACACUGGGCACCCUAUGCCGAAUCAGACAGGGACAGCCAUGAUACGUAUCGAAGGUACUGACUGAGGGAGAAGAGUGGUCGACCAUCCUACGCCAGCGGCCAUUCUUCUGAAGAUGAACAGGAGCACUCCUAUGCAGAAGUACCACUUUUGCCUACCUAAACAGCCACGCGAGCGUCAGCGCAACAAGCAAACGGUUGCAGUGAUAUGAUAAAGUGAACACUUUUUGGAGACACUAGACACUCACCGAGAAGCGUUUGACGAAACUUGGAAUGAACGAAAUGAAAGCUGUUUCAGAAUCUAUUGCACAUUCCUUUUUCAAGUGCAUUGAUAAAGAAAAUAAAUGUAACAGUAAAUCUGUUGAAUCAAAUAUCGACUGUCAAAACAAAUGAUUAUGUGUUGUAGAGAUAAAAUCUUGUGAAUUUCUAUAUAUUGCUACUACAAUUAUUGUGUGUUAUGAGUAAUAUCUGUCUUUUGUUCUGUCGUAGUAGUAAACUUUAAAAUGUCAUAUGAUAUUAUUGUUGUAUAAAAAUGACAGCAGGAGUAUGUUAUAUGAAAAGAUUGUGGUGUUUUUUUGUUGUUUUUCUCCUUAUGAAAUGUACAAAGAUCUAUUUAUGCAUUUAAUUACAUGGAGUUGCAUACCAAUAGCAAUGAUGUACAAUAUUGACCAUUUAAAAACAAAUUCAGAUAUAAGUGAUUUUUGUAUUUAUAUCUGAAUAAUGCAACAAUAGCAAUCCUUCCGUAAUAAUUGUUGAAUGAAUAUUUUUCAUAGAUCUUUUCAAACAAAAUUAAAUAUGAAUUAUAGUAUAUGUUUUGCAUUUUAGUAAAUGUGUACUAUUAUCUACUUUGUCUCUUUUUCUACUAAGUGUCAAGAUCCUCAGAGAAGCAGUUUCUUAGCUUUAAUAAAUCAUCCAAUAAAAAUAGUUGUUCUAAUUUAUUUAUUUUAAGAAAUAGGAUAAUUUUUAUAAUUGUAUUAUAAUAAUCGUCUGUGAGGUAAUUUCACUGCAUAGCGAUCACAUUUCCAAAAUAUAAACGCUAAAAAAUAAGAUAAUGUAGAAUAACAAUAAAUGUAAAUAUCAAGAC